CAAGUCAAAACAAAGACGUAGAUGACCCUAGGUCAACGGACAGAGAGAUCAUGUCGCAAGUCUCAACUGACUGUGGCUCAAUAACGGACCGGAGAGGGUAACCCCAUCCACGACGUGCUGGUUACGGGUACUCCGGGCAGUCCGGGCAGCACGACCUUCGCCCUUAUAACCCGGCGGCCCAAUCGCUUCUCGCGGAUAACGGAGGAGACGACAAACGGACGAGGGAGGCGGACCGAUACGCCGCCUUCGCCGGCUUCCCACCCACCUCUCCGAAACGCCACCAACCCCUCUCUCUUCCUCUAUCUCCUUUCCCCGAUAUAGAAACGCGAUGCUCCUCCCUGAAUUCUAAACCCGACCCUAGAAAUCUCUUCUCUUGCCACUUUCUCUCCUUUGGUGGAAUCGAAAUCGUCUCCUAGAUCUCCGGGAAGCGAUGAGUACGAGAAGGAAGCGGAACGGCCAUUUCCUCUGUUUCGGCGCCAUCGAUCCGCUGGAGAAGGAGGCGUCCGUGGAGACAGGAGAGAGCUCCACUGGAUCCUCUAGGAGGACGGAUGUUCUCGCGCCGGAGGCCCGCCGCCACCGACGGCGGCGGUUCGACCGCCGGUUUCUCGCGAAGAUCUUCAGAUCGGCGGUGUUUGUUUCCUCUCUGAAUCGAAGCGGGCGGAUGGCCUCUGAAGAUAAACCGGCGGCGGAAAUGAGCGGGAAAUCUUCGGACGGCAACGAUCGUACGGAGGACGCGAUCUUGUCCCCGUACUCGUCGUGGUCGUUGACGUCAUCGUCCGCCUCCUCUUCUUGCUUGUCCUCGGCGUCCUCUUCCUCGUUUCGAGAACCAGAGCCCAAACCGAAGCCGGAGCUCCGGAGGAAAAGGGCGUCGCCCAGGUCUAAAUCGAAGAAUCCCCUGCCACCGCCGCCGGCCAGGUAUUACGGUUCGGCCACCGGGAUCUUCCUCCUCCUCCUAAGCCUAUUGGUGAUGGUGUUCUGUGGACGCCUCUACGCGAUCCUGUGGACGUCGUCGUUGCUAUGCCUCGUUCCUCGACGGAAAUCCGACGCCGGAUUGGCGGUGGAGAACCCCACUGCGGUGGGGCCGCCGGGGCUCCGGCGGAACGAGGUGGAGGAAGACGAGAAGAAAAGGGUCGUCUUGGAGGGACUGCUGGAAAGAAAUCGAAGGGUUUGAAAAAACAAAAUUAAAAAAGAAAGAAAGAAAAAGCAAUUAUAGAAAUAGUGGGAUUUUGGAGAUAUUUGAAUUUUGUUGGCAGUUAAUUUUGGCGUGCGGGAACGCGUUUGCUGUCGGAUACUUUUUGCUGUAUGGAUCGAAGCCGGUCGUGAUGCUGUCUCAGUGAUUUUGGUGUACCUUUUUCUUUUUUCAAGUAAAGAAAAUGAGAAGAGAAAGAUACUAUGUUUAAAGAACAAGGGUAACUAUGAUAUCUUUCUAGAUCCUGUUCUUUCGGACAUUUGCAUAUUUGAUGUACAUUUAAAACUUAUCUCUGCCUUUAUUAUUUUUAAGUUUUUAUUGCCUCUUAAA